CUUGUGUGCUCCCUCCCCUCUCCUGCCUCCUGCUGUUGCGUCUACGAGCGCUGUCGUGACUGGAGCAGAGGAGAGGACAAACAGAGAGGAUCUGAGUCAGAAUCCAAAAAAACACCAAAAGGAGAACAGAAACUCUGACUUGUCCUCUCUCUCGUUCUCAGUGUGUGUGUGUGUUUGGUAGAUGUGUCUGAGAGUUUGUUAGUUGUGUCUGAGAUCUCUUCUGAUUCUUCUCUGGGGGACCUGUCAUUGAAGACAGGAGGCGCCUUGACAGCAAACGAGAGGCCGGAGAGAACCUGACAGACAGAGCAAAAGGAGGAGAGAAGGAGGAAGAGAAGAUGAGAAAGUGACAAGCUGGAUCGUUGCUUUUGAACGGUGGCAGAAGAACCAAAACGACGGCACUGUGAUUACACGUCCCAUCAUCCUACAGGCCCCAGAUCUGAUUGGAUGGUUUUGUCAGAAUGACAGCCGAAGAUCCCGCUUCCUCCUCGACCAUGAGCAAUAACGCUGCCCCCAAACCCUCCAAACCUGCUGGUGCCUCCCACCACCCUCUUCAUGGACAGAUGAACAUCCCUGAAGGAGUUGCAGGUGCUCCCAAUGAGGCUGCACUGGUGUCCCUGAUGGAGCGCACUGGCUAUGGUAUGGUCCAGGAAAAUGGUCAGCGUAAAUAUGGCCCUCCUCCUGGUUGGAAUGCUGCAACUCCACCACGUGGAUGUGAAAUCUUUGUGGGCAAGAUCCCACGGGACGUUUAUGAGGAUGAGCUGGUCCCAGUGUUUGAGUCUGUUGGACGCAUCUAUGAGAUGCGGCUGAUGAUGGACUUUGACGGGAAGAACAGAGGGUAUGCAUUUGUGAUGUACACAGAGAAACAUGAGGCCAAGCGUGCUGUCCGUGAGCUCAACAACUAUGAAGUGCGGCCCGGGAGGCUGUUGGGGGUCUGUUCUUCCGUGGACAACUGUCGUCUUUUCAUUGGUGGCAUCCCCAAGACCAAAAAGCGUGAGGAGAUCCUGGAGGAGGUCUCCAAGGUGACGGAAGGGGUACUAGAUGUGAUAGUUUAUGCCAGUGCUGCAGACAAGAUGAAGAACAGAGGCUUUGCCUUUGUAGAGUAUGAGUCACACCGUGCAGCUGCCAUGGCUCGCAGGAAGUUGAUGCCUGGGCGUAUUCAGCUUUGGAGCCACCAGAUUGCAGUGGACUGGGCUGAACCAGAGAUUGAUGUAGACGAAGAUGUUAUGGAGACAGUGAAAAUCCUCUACGUAAGAAAUCUUAUGAUGGAGACCAGUGAGGAGACGAUCAGACAGGUUUUCAGCCAGUGGAAUCCUGGAUGUGUUGAACGUGUGAAGAAAAUCCGUGACUAUGCCUUCGUCCACUUUACUUCCCGGGAUGAUGCUGUUAUGGCCAUGGACCACCUUAAUGGCACAGAGGUGGAAGGGUCCUGCAUUGAGGUGACGCUUGCCAAGCCAGUUGAUAAGGAGCAGUACUCGCGUCAGAAGGCCUCCAAGGGAGCUUCUGCCACUCCAGAGCCUACUCAGCAGAACUAUGUCUACCAGUGUGAUCCCUAUACAUUGGCCUACUACGGUUAUCCCUACAACACCCUCAUUGGACCCAACAGAGACUACUUCGUCAAAGGAUCCCCAAUGAUACAGAACAAUGCAGGUACUGUGCGAGGUCGUGGUCGUGCUGCUGCAGGUAACCGUACCCCUGGACCACGGGGGUCGUACCUGGGGGGUUACUCUGCUGGUCGUGGCAUCUACAGCCGCUACCAUGAGGGCAAGACCAAGCAGCCCGAAAAGCCCUAUGAGCUGAUGCCCAGUCUGGAGCUCGCUGCCUCUGUCAACCCCGUUGGCAUCAAACCUGGCACAAUGGCAUUGCCAACUCUGGGUGGGCAGUACCCAGUGUUCAGCACGGCUCCUGCAGCCAAGCUGAUGGAGGAGGGGAAGGUGCACACGGUGGAGCACCUUAUCAACCCUCUGGCCAUGCAACACCCUGAGCACACCCCUGCUACUGCUGCUGCUGCUGCCACCGUCCUACCUGCGGUCUCCACCCCUCCACCUUUUCAGGGCCGUCCUAUCACUCCAGUCUAUGCCAUGGCCCAUAAUGUACAGCGUAUCCCAGCAGGCGGUGGCCUGUAUGGAGCUGGAUACGUCCCCAUCACAAACUACGCUGCCAACACAGCAGCUCUGGCCGCUCUGCAGAAGAAUGCAGCGGUGGCGGCUGCAGCAUAUGGGGGAUACGCAGGCUACGCGGUGCCACAGGCCUUUCCCGCCGCAGCCUUCCAGCUGCCCAUCCACGAUGUCUACCAGACAUAUUGAGUCUGAGGGUCAGACCACGUAAAAAAAAAAGUUUAACCCCUGCUUGUGACUGAACCAUCACCACAAUGUCUGUUUUAUCAUACAGAAACAUCACUUGAACACAUGGACAUCCAAAAGCUCUAAAGGAAGGAAGCAAACAUUUAGAAAAUGGACAGAAAAACAGUGACGUCACACAUCUGUCCCACCUACUGGCCUCAGUAUGUAUUGGACCAAAGGCAACCAUAUGACAGGCUUAGUUAUGCAGCAUCACUGUAGUCCACACACUGAGGGAACCUACCUGUACGUGGUGACAAUCAUCCCCCAACAAUAAGCAUUAACUCCUAAUAACAAUUGUCUCUCUGUCUUGCUCUAUGUGUCUCUGACCCCGCCACCUUGUUGCUACGGCAACAGAAACACUGAAGGUACAUUUGAGUAUUUAUGAAGAGAAGAUAAAUAUUUAAGGUUUUAUUCUCUGUAGAUUAUUAAUGGAGCGACAUUUGUCCUCUGAAGCAGGAAAGAUAGACCUUUACACUGUCUAAUAUUUUUUUAACUGUAAAAGCUUGGGGGCAAAAAGAAAGAGAAAUUAAUUGAAAGAAAAUAAAAAUACAACAGGAACUACUGACAAGAGAGGAUUCCACUGAAGACAACUGCUUUUGGAUAUACUAAUCUUUGUUUGCAUUAUUAUAUAGUAUUUUAGCCAAUUCUACAUGCUGUAGGUGAUGCUGUCCGUCCAUGCUGGUUGAAUGUGUAAGCUUCAAACAUGCCUGUUUGGUACGUUUUGGUUUUAUUUAGUUUCAUUUUUAUUUUGGUUGUUUUAAAUGAAGGUUUCUAAGUGUUGUGUUUAUUUGCUUAUAAUUAGUUUGCUUGUUUUCAUGUCUCCUCUUUAACUUUUGGAAACAUAUUAUCUUGGUUUGUUUGAAGAAAAAGUUGCUAGCCAAAUAAUAUUAUUGUGGCAGAUUCCUUUGGGAACAAAUACUAGAAAAAGAAAACUGGAAAUGUUUUUGAACAUGAUUUAUGUAUAAGCCUGACAGACAGCGACACCAUGUAUAUUGAGAUGUUCUCCAUCCUCAGAAACUGCGCUGACAGGGGACUCAGACUGAACAGAUGUUAGUUGUUUUUUUUCCUCUCAUUUAUGUAUGUCUUUAUUAUUGUGUUUUUGAAUUGUUUUACUUUUGAAAGCUGAACAAAUAUGGACAGAAAUAAGAGACA